AUGCAAACACAUUCUUUCUUUGAAACUGAAUAUAUUUUACAGAAGUUUGAAGAGGUCACGAGGUUUAAUUCAAUAAAACAACUUAUGAAUAAUAUAAAAGAUGCUAUUCAAUGUUUCAAUAUGAAUUCUUUAAAACCAACACUUAUAGAAGUUCGACAAUUAGAUGGAUCAAUUAUUAAAAUGAAUAAAUAUGGAUUAGAAAUUGAAAAAAAUAAUAAAUCUAUUCAAUCUGAAUCUAAUUUUUCUUCUUAUGGUUUUAUUCCAAAUUUUAAUCUGGAUUUACAAAUAGGAAGAAUAGAACUUCCAGAAUUUACAAUAUUAUUUGGUUCUGUUGAUGUAGCUCAAAAUUUAAAUUUAUUAAAAAUGAAUAAUGUUACACAUAUUAUUAAUCUUAUUUCAAAUAUAAUACCAAAUUAUUUUCCUGAAUAUUUUCAUUAUUUAUCACUUAUUGUUUAUGAUAAUUUAACAUUUCAAUUAAAUGAUAUUUUAAAUGAUUGUUUUAAUUUUUUAAAUAUUAUAAAACAAAUUAAAGGUUGUUGUUUUAUACAUUGUGAAGCUGGUAUUUCACGUUCACCAUCUAUUAUAAUUGCUUAUUUAAUAAAAUUUUAUAAUUAUUCAUAUAAUAAUGCUUAUAAUUUAGUAAAUAAUUCUAGAAAUAUUUGUAUUAAUGUAAAUUUUAAAUCACAAUUAAUGAAAUUAAAUUAA